AGCGGCUCCGGACCCUUAAGAGCAGCCCCCACUAAUCGCUGGCGGAAUGCUCGAUCUGUGCUGCUGCACCGAGCUGAUUGACUGCGGCUCCGAGACACGUGCUUUCUCUGCUCCGCUGGCUGGGGAGAGAGCGCUCAGGGCCGGGUCCAGCCUCCUGUCCUGCACCCCGUGUCAGUCCUCAGCUGGGCACAGACGCACACACACAGCCCCGGCCCAGCCUCGCCCUCUCCGACCCAAUGGCCCAGCUCCAGGCUCGGUUCUUCACCGAGAACCACAAGUAUGUAGUAGAUGAUGUUCCAUUCUCUAUCCCAGCAGCCUCUGAAAUUGCUGACCUCAGUAACAUCAUCAAUAAAUUGCUGCAAGCUAAACAUGAGGACCACAAAUAUGUGGAGUUUGAUUUCCUUGUCAAGGGCCAGUUCUUGCGUAUGUCACUGGUCAAACACAUGGAAGCGGAAAACAUCUCAACAGAGGAAGUGGUGGAAAUAGAAUAUGUGGAGAAGUACACUGCACCUCAACCUGAGGAAUGCAUGUUCCAUGACGACUGGAUCAGUUCUAUUGAAGCUACGGAAGAAUGGAUCUUGACUGGCUCUUAUGAUCAGACUUCUCGAAUCUGGUCUUUAGAAGGAAAAUCCAUCAUGACAAUUGCUGGGCACACAGAGGUGGUGAAAGAUGUGACAUGGGUGAAAAAAGAUAGUUUGUCAUGCCUGCUACUCAGUGCCUCUCUGGAUCAGACUAUCCUGCUGUGGGAGUGGAAUGUAGAGAGGAACAAAGUGAAAGCCCUUCACUGUUGUAGAGGACAUGCUGGAAGUGUGGACUCUAUAGCAGUUGACUGCACAAGAACUAAAUUCUGCAGUGGAUCUUGGGAUAAGAUGUUAAAGAUCUGGUCUGCAGUGCCUACAGAUGAAGAGGAUGAAAUAGAGGAAGCAGCAAACAGACCAAGGAAGAAGCAGAAAAUUGAACAGCUUGGACUAACCAGGACUCCCAUUACAACUCUUUCUGGCCAUACUGAAGCCAUCUCCUCUGUGCUGUGGUCAGAUGCUGAAGAAAUUUGUAGUGCAUCAUGGGAUCAUACAAUUAAAAUAUGGGAUGUGGAGACAGGAGGUCUCAAAUCAACUUUGACUGGAAACAAAGUAUUUAAUUCUAUCUCCUACUCACCACUGUGUCGGCGUCUAGCAUCUGGGAGUACUGACAGACACAUUAGAUUAUGGGAUCCCCGCACUAAAGAUGGUUCCUUGGUACUCCUCUCUUUGACCUCUCACACUGGCUGGGUGACGUCUGUGAAGUGGUCCCCCACACAUGAGCAACAGCUAAUCUCAGGUUCUCUAGACAACGUUGUCAAGAUUUGGGACACAAGGAGUUGCAAGGCUCCUCUCUAUGAUUUGGCUGCUCAUGAAGACAAGGUUUUGUGUGUGGAAUGGACAGAAGCAGGGUUGCUGUUGAGUGGAGGGGCAGACAACAAGCUAUAUUCCUAUAGAUAUUCAGCAACAACCUCUGAUGUUGGAGCAUGAAAAUAAAAGGCAAGAAGAUUUUAGAGGUUACUUUCCAGUAGCCCUAACCUGUUGGAAGUUUUUAGAUAACGUACAGUUCAGCAUCUGAAGAAAAUAGCCUCCUAGAAAAACUGUCUGCUUCUACUUUGUACCGGAGAGCAGCCCUUUCUGGUUUUUGUAUUAUAGCAACAUGUAUAUGUAUUUAUAACAGAAAGACAGAACCACCAAGCAACCUCACACUUAUCUGGUCUGAUAUUGAAAUCAAACGUUUGUCCCCUUUUCUCUCAUAAGGACUAUAUAAAGAACAUUGGAGUUUAUUAAAAGUAAAGUGUUACUGAGAUUGCUAGACAAAUUACUCACUAAACUAAAUUAUUUUGUAUUCACAUUCUCUUUUUUAUAAAGCUUUUAUCUAUAAAGUUCAGUAUAUUAUGGUCUGAGCUCAAGUAGGUACUUGAGUUACACAAGUUCCAGAUGCUUCAGUGCAGGACUCAAGAUUCACCCCUCACCCCUGAACAACAUCUGAUCCUGCUUCCACUGAAAGAAAUGGAAUUAGGAUAAGGUCCUUAAUAGAGUUGUAAUGCAAAUUAUGUCACCAUUAUAGUUUCAAGGUGUUCUCUAUUGAUUUUAUUGGCAAGUGGAAUAUUUUGGUUCCUGUCAUUCAUAAGUUAAGGUGGUGUAAAUGUACACUUUAAAAAAAAAAUUACUGGCUGAUAUUGAAAAAAAAUGCUCAACUCAUUAGCCAGAUUAACAUCCUAUACAGUAAUAUAUUAAUGGAAUAUCCAACUGCUAAGGAAACCCUUAUUGUGCAGUAUAGGGUGCCUGGUCCAAACUGAAGCUCUAAGUACCAGUUGGCAAAAAGACUGCAGACAAAGCAAUGUUUUAUCAGAUCCAUUUAUUGUAACUGUCUAUUCUCAGCUGGAUACCCCCAGGAGUUGUGUAUAUGAUUUUUUUCUCUUACCCUCCCCCACAUGAAAUUAGUAAAUCAUCUUAAUCUGGUGUCCUCUGAGUAAUAUUUCGUAUAAAAUAUAAGGGUUCAACAUGUAUGGGAGUUGCCUGAGAAUCUCAGUACUAGAGCACAUUCUUCUGUAACAAAGAGCAAGUUAAGUGCUCAGAUCUCUCGGUAUAUUUUCACAUCAGCAAAUAACUUGCAUCAGAGAAUUUUCUUUACAAUUUAGUAGAAGCAAUCUGUGUAUUUAGCUGGGUUGAGGAUGUGGCAUUUAAUGCACAAUCAGCUUUAUUUUAGAGGAUAUAGAUCAACAAUUCACCUGUUUUCUGGGGGGGGGGG